AUCAUUUAAGUUGGCGCCAUUUAAUGUCAAGCAAAUGGUUUUCAUGAAAAUUAGUCGUCUUAUCUUUUAUUAAUUCAUCCUCGAUUUUAUUUAUUUAUUAUUUGAUAUUUGCAAAUUUUAACUUGUGAUCUUCCUUAUUUGUGUUCCAUUCUUUUAAUCCAAAAUGGCUUGUGUUGAUGUGGAUGAACCAAAAGAGAUAGUUUUCAAAAAGAAGUUUUCAGUACCAAGAAGUGUGUACUUAGAAGCCCUCAAAAAUGCUCCUCCACCAAGAAGUUUGGCUCGGUAUAAGGGUCAAAAUAUUAGAUUGGAUAUAAGUGACACCAUGUCACAGAUUCGCCGCCAAAAAACAAGUCCUCAAUCAUCACGCAGUACUAGCAAUUUUUUCAGUUUCAAGGCAUCCCUUCUAAACAAAAUGUACGAGGAUAAAAAGAAGAGAUGGGCUGAUGAAGAUGCUAGAAAGUUGAAAUAUUCGCAAGAAAUUUAUGAUGAAGAAGAAUUGGUUGAUUUAGAAGAGGAUUUAGAGAUCUCUGAUACUUCAGAUGAACAAGAGCCUGAACAAGACGAUUUAAAUGAUUUAGAUGAUUUAGAGGAUUUAGAUGAUGCCGACCAAACAGAAGAAAAAGAAGAUGUUGAUGAUAUGGUUGUUAAUAAAAAAAGGCGCCCUAAGAUUGAUGAUGACGAUGCAGAUGAAGCUUCUGUCGACUUUGAAGAUUUGCCAACCGAAGGAGAGGAAAGUGAUUCAGAAGAAAAAGGCUCACCAGAAGAGGUAAAGGACAUUCCAGAAAAAGUAAAAGACUCACCAGAAGAAGAAAAAGACUCGCCAGUUAUUCAAGUUACUCCAGUUGCUGUUGUGGUAGAAAAAAUUGCAAUACCCGGUAAAAAUGAAACACAUACCAUAUCCGACCAAGAAGAAGGGUACGAUGGAGAGAUAGAAGACGAUCCUGAUAAUGAAUCAGAUGAUGAUGAUGACGCGCCAAUUGAUGAUGAAGCCGAAGUAGAGAAGGAUGAUGAAGAAAAUGAUGAGGAAAAUGAAGACGAGGACAAAGAAAAUCAAAAUGAUGAAGAAGAAAAUGUGAAAACAACUGAUUUUAUAUUCAACGAAGCUGACGUGUCAGGGACUGAUAGCUCUGAUGAUGAAGAUCCAGAUGACGACAUAGAUGAACUCAUUGACGAUGAAGGAGCAGAGAAAGUCGAUAGCGAAAAAGCGCGUAAAGAAAUUCAAAAAAUUUAUCACAAAGAGCUUUUAAAUGAAGAUAAGAGAAUGCUUUUACAACUCCAAGAGAGAUACUUGGAAGACGGUGAUUUGCACUCUGAUCAAAGACGUGUGAAAAAGUUCAGGUGGGGUACUGCAAAUCCUGUAUGGCUAGACAAUGCAAGAUAUUCCGACUCUUCAACCGACAUGUCAGACGAUGACGAUGAUGACAAUGAUGGUGAUAGACCAGUUUUCAAAUUGAACAAUAUUUCAUUACCUUCCACCUCUACUGAAAAUAAUAUUCAAGAGUCAACUCAGAAACCUCAGCCAAUAUUAGCGACUUCAAAUGUUCAAUCUUUUAAUAAACCAACAGGUUUAAUCACCUCUUAUUUGGUGAGAGAUAAACAACUGAAUACCAUUUUAUCAACUAAAAGAAGAAACCCAUUUAAUAAGGAUCGAAUGGAGUUUAAAAGAAUCAAGUCUGGACCACAAAAAUGUAAAACUUUAUUCGAACUUUACAGUAGAAAUUAAAUCCAACAUAUCAUCAAUUAAUUAUCAAAAUUUGCAGCAUUCAUUUUUCUUGUCUUACUAGCAAUUCUAAAACUCGAAAAUCUAAGAUAAAAUGUAAUAAUUGUAAGAGGUAGAAUGAUGUUAAAGGAAUUGAUUUAACUAACUCAAAAAAUAAAAAAAACAAUGAGUAAUUGUAGAUAGCUUUGCAAUAAUUA